AUGCCAGUUACCAAAUCUUUAUCUAAGUUGCAAAAGAACCUUUCCAAGAAGGGCAAAAGCGUUGCGGUUCAUCCAAAAGGUAGAAAGUUCGAAAGACUGGUCAGGGCCACUAUGCGUGAAGAUAAGAUCGCCAUUAAGAAGAAGCUGCACAACGAUAAGAAAAUCCACGAACUGACUCGGGUCAAGUUCAUCCAAGACGUGGUAAACUCCAAUACAUUCAAGGACCAGCCAAUAUUCGACCACGCCCACACCAGAGAAUUCAUUCAAAGUUUUAUUGAAAGAGAUGAUGUAGAAUUAGACGAAUUAAGAAGCAAAAGAAGAUCAAACAGACCACCAAGCACCAGACAGGUGCAGCUACAACAGAGGAGGGAGCAAGAGCUAAAGGAAUUCCGUGGAGGGUUUCUCUGUCCCGAUUUGAGUGAUGCGAAAAACAUGGAGUUUCUAAGAAACUGGAAUGGUACAUUCGGUCUCUUAAAUACUUUGAGAUUGAUAAGAAUCGAUGACAAGGGUAAACAAGUCUUGGGGGGCAAUGAAUAA